CAUAGAAUCUUAUCAUGUGUUUGAAUCGUCCGAUUCCUACAUUCAAAACACAUAGUGCCAGUGUCUUCAAAAUAAUUAGAUAAAUCAAAAGGGGAAAAUACCCAGAUAAUUUAGACUGUAAACGGCGCGCAAUUGCAGAUCUGUGGGUUAAAGGACACUGAAGUUUAUAGAGAACUUGUUUUCAUAGGAGUCAAAUGAAUUAUUAUUUUAAAUGUUAAAGAACACGGACGGUAAACCUAUGACACCGCUAGUGAGCUCGGACCGGUGCUGCAGAUGGGCGGCAUAGGCAGACAUUUUUACCUCAAUAUGUUGAAUGGAACAGACGCGCAAAGUUUCGCUAAAGACGCAGAAUUAAACAGCCACCUGCACCGGAACCGGGAGUUACAGGACUCGAUUCCAAACGCACAGGACAGUUUGUCUUUACCGUUCCACGCUGAGCACCACCAAAGUGUCUCUGGCGGAUUCGGAGCGCAGACGGGCAGGUUUUACUCACCGGCUCCGCUCGGCAGCUGUCAUUUUAACACCCGGAGCGGGACGGGACAGACUUAUGUUGCGACCGGAGCGGAUGCGUAUUCAACGAACGGUAAAGAAGUUUACCCGGGCAGCCUAGACGGUUACCCGGCGCCUUUUCAGCACGGGUACCCGCGAACACCGAUGUACUCUUUACCUGGUCUACAGGUGUCGGGGAAGACCCAGGUGGUCCUCAACAACUACCCGCUCUGGGCGAAGUUCCACAAAUAUCAAACAGAGAUGAUCAUAACGAAACAGGGACGGAGGAUGUUCCCUUUCCUCAGCUUUAACAUCAGCUUGUUGGACCCCUCGGCUCAUUAUAACAUAUAUGUGGAUGUGGUUCUUGCCGACCAGCAACAUUGGAGGUAUCAAGGUGGCAAAUGGGUCCAGUGUGGCAAGGCAGAAGGCAACAUGCCAGGAAACAGAAUGUAUAUGCACCCAGAUUCUCCCAAUACUGGGAAUCACUGGAUGAGACAGGAAGUUUCCUUUGGCAAAUUGAAACUCACCAAUAAUAAAGGCAGCUCAAACAAUGUAGCACAGAUGAUAGUGCUGCAGUCACUCCAUAAGUACCAACCACGUCUACACAUUGUGGAAGUGAAGGAGGAUGGAAUGGAGGAUCCUUUCCUGACCUCUAAAUCUCAGAUAUUUGUCUUUCCUGAGACUCAGUUCAUUGCCGUCACUGCCUACCAGAACGCAGAUAUCACUCAGCUGAAAAUAGAUCACAACCCUUUUGCUAAAGGUUUUCGGGACAAUUAUGAUACGCUGUACGCACCACCCGACUCAGACCGCCUCACGCCUUCCCCAACCGAAGGCCAGCAGCUCCUCCCGGGUAGCUGUUACCCUCAUCAGCCCUACCUGUCUGAUCAGUACAUGAGCCCCCUGCCUCAGAGUCGGUUCUAUGGUCGUGAGCCCAUCAGCAUGGCCCAGCAAUGCCCCAAAGAUCCUGCUGCCAGCCCACACAGCCGCUGGUACCUACCCAGCCAGCAGGGGGUGCCACCCAACCGCCUCGACUUCAACGCGUACGAGAGCGAAUACGCUUCCAACAGUCUCUACAAGCCCUUUCCACUUCAGACAUCUCCCCAUCACCCACUGAGCUACUAUUCUGAAAGCCCCUUUUCCUCUGGGGCGUUGUCCGGUGCCAGCCCAGGACCAUGGAGCUCAGGAAGGCCCUCACCGCAGUACCUUAAUCAUCCCCACCAUGGUAAACCCGGGUCCAGCCUGAGCUGGUUUCGAACCAUUACCUCCCCAGCCACAUCCUCCUCUCCAUCAGCGACAAGCUCGCGUUUCCAUUCUUCCCCGUCGCUGCUGGAGCCCCAGCGCCAGCCACUGCUCCAGGACAAGUCCAAAGAGUCUGGAGAGGACCCCUGGAUGGAAGCCCCCUCGGUUAAAUCGGUGGACUCAGCUGACUCGGGUUUGUUUGAGGGAGGAGAAAACAAGAAGAGGCGGGUGUCACCUUACACGUCUAGCAAUGAAAAUUCCCCUCCCAACCGCAGCACAGAAGCUUGUGAAAAGGACAAUUGCAGUGAUGCAGGCUACUAUGGCUUCUAUACCCACUGAAGACCAAGACCCAGACUGCGCUCCUGCUGUCGUCCACCCACAGUCUUGCACUGUCUGUCUGCUUGACUAGAACACAGGGAUGAAGCUCUCUGUGAUAGUAGCUAAAGGACAGCAGGGGCAAAGAAGAGUACACAACGUUGUCCUCUUCUUGAUACAUUGCCAGAAAGAGCAAUGCUCUCAAGCCGCUUUUCCAUAGACAGGGUGCCGGUGCUAAUGCUGCAGUCAUUGUCUAAUCUUAAAUUAUUCUGUGCAUUUCCACCACCGAAAAAGUGGCUCUGGGCUGGAAAAAAAUUGCCCCUAAAACUUGCUGGUUUCGUAACAGGAACCACUAAUUUAAGAGGUGGUGGAGGUGGUGAUGUUUUCAGUAUGGCUAGACUGAAGCAAAGCAAAACUAGUUCUAAUCAACAAAGUUUUCUACACUAGAAACGCUCAAUGCAGCAUUGCAACACACGUUCACAUAAUAAAAAUAUUAAGUGAAUAAAUAAUAAAUAAAUUCCAUCUUAAAUACAUUUGAAUUUAUUUGUUAUAACAUUAAAGCAUAUUGACAUGAACUGGGUUUCCAUCCACAUAUUUUUGUGCAAAUUUUAGGAUAUUGCAUAAAAAUGCUAGAUGGAAAUGUGAAUACAAUUUCAAUAAUGCGCACAGAAAACAUUUUUUUUUACUAUUCAAUAAGAUAAGUGCAUACUACGAUUCCUACAGAUGUGCAUCAAAAAAGUAAUGUGACUUUGCCUCAACCAUUCAUGUGAAUACAUAAUUCACUUAGAAAAUGUCAUCAAUAUCAUCGCAUCUCAAAAGUUGCUCUGGUUAUUCUGAAAUGCCAGACCCAAAGCCUGUCAUCAAAAUGAUUGGCUACUAUUACCUCCCAAGAACUGUUUAACACGCUUUUGCUCCCAGACAUAAGGCGUCUGCCACUGAAAGAUAGCAAACAUGAAGUAAAAUACCACAAGUAAUUUAUUACAUUUAAUUAAAGAUCUACAGUUGCUUCAGCUUCAAUUUUCAUUUCUAUUUUUGAGCCAAUUUCUGUUAUUUUAUUCCAUUUUUACCUAUAAAUUAAAAUUGUAAAUUGCAUGGAAACAUGACUAUUGGUUUAAAGGCGCUGAAUCAUAUUACUUUGGAUGUUGAAAUGUUUUCAAAACUCGUAACAGUCGCAAACAAAGAACGCAAUAUGGCAUGUUUAUUUAUUGGCAGGUUAUGUAGUGAAGUGGUCUUUAUGGCAUCGUUCGGCUCUCGGCUCUCAGACAGAUUGUCACAAAUCCCCCGGCCAAGCUCCAGCAUGAGAACCAGCACCAUUUUGGUGGAAAAGGGUUUGUUAGUUUGUUAGUUGUUUUGGGGUAAGGUCAUGUGGAGGUUUUCUGAAGGUCACUCUCAGACAAAGUAAGACAAUGUGACUGCACUGAGACACUGGCCUGGAGACACACAGACCCAGACAGACAAACCUGUGUGGUGUCAGACACUUUAGCAGCUGAAGAUUUCACAGCACACCUGCUGACACUCCCCCAAAGGAACUGUCUUGUCCCCCUCAUCAGCCCCAGACAAGGAAAGCACCUCACAAAACCUACGCACCACUCUUUCUUACAUGCAUACUUAGAAAAUACACACACACACACACACACACACACACACACACACACACACACAAAUGUGCAAUCAAAUCAUUUUCAUCACAUUUUCAUCUGUUCUUAAAAAUGUGGAGAGGUAUUAAUAGGUCUGUAAAUGUCACAGAAUGUAUGUUUCUUCUAUGGAACACAAAAAGGAGAUGUUAGGCAGAAUGACAGCAUCAGUUACCCUUCACUUUCAUUGUAUGGAGAAAAGAUGCUAAGAAAGUGAAUGGUGACUAAGGCUGUCAUUCUGCCUAACAUCUCCUUUUGGGUUUCUAUGAAGGUCAUAGGGGUUUGGAAUAACAUAAAUUUGAAUAAAUGAUUUCAGAAUUUUCAUUUUUGGGUUAACUAUCCCUUUAAUUGUUGUUGGGUUGUAAAGCAUAAUUGGUGUAAGAUCAUUCAUGAAAAUAAGGUUUCGUUACAGUAGAAGCCCACAUUCGUGUUUCCAGUCAAUCCCAAAAUGCAACCCUGCAGGGAGCAAAAUCAAUAAGCACAUUAAAGCCCAGGCCAUGUUGGUCAUAAAAUAGCCUUAGUUUCUAACAGAGCAUGGCUCUAUGCACCAGCUGGGAUUCCAUCUUUUAUUAGACAGACAUAAUAUGGUUGAUAGACUGAGUUAGAUUAUGUAAGUUUAUGAUAAAAUACAUGAUGUUAUGGGUCCUUUUCCUGUAUGCACAAACACAGAAAUUGCAAAGCAUGUCAUGAGAGACAUAGAGACAAAAAUAGGUACAAAGAGAAAGAGAGUUAAAGGUCAAUAAGUCAAAGUGGAUAAAAGUGUGCAGACUAACGGUCCUGCUUUGUUUAUAUGUGCAUAUGUAAACUGCUCCAUCAUUUUGAGUCACUUUGACACAGAAACACAUUUUGAGUUUUUGCAGUUUGAGCAAACAUUUAAAUUAUUAGAUCUCAGCAAUGGUUUAGAGUUGAAACAUAAUAAUAAUAUCAUUAGAAAGCUAGAAAUUUUGAAAGCCUUCCUUUUAUUUUAGGUUACAUUAGGGUCAAAGUGACUCUAAACAAUGGAGCAGGUCACAUAUAUAGUUUACUAAAUCCCACCAUAUACGACUGACUUUGAUUGGUCUUUAGCAACCAGAUAAAGGGACUUUAAAGGGAUAGUUCACCCAAAAAUGAAAAAUCUGUUAUAAUUUACUCACCCUCAUGUUGUUCCAAGCUCUUCCAUGCAACACAAAAGAAGAUGUUAGGCAGAAUUUUAGCAUCAGUCCCCAUUCAGUUUUAUUGUAUGGAAUGUGCAAUGAAAAGAUGCAAUGAAAGUGAAUGGUGACUGAGGCUAAAAUCUCCUUUUGUGUUCCAUGGAAGAAGGAAAGCCAUAUGGGUUAGGAGCAACAUUUUAGGUGAACUAUACCAUUAAAAUGCAAUAUGUCUUUGAUAAUAUCCCUAAAGUUGCAAAGCAUCAUAAAUAAUUUCAAUUUUUUAUACUGUUGAAAAGUAAAACUGGACAUGUAUGAGCCCAAUUGCUUAAGGCAUAGUCUUGUAAUCCUCAGGUCUCCAUUGGUCAAAA